AUGGACGAACCUAAUCCAUUUGCCGACAACAAGGUCAAUACGUACGGGUCAGAAUCGGUCCCAAUUGUGGUUCCAGAUACGACUGCUGCGGCCCCAAAGGCUGGGACCGCGGCGCAACCGCAGUCCUAUGCGGAUCAUUUCCAAGUGACACCAGAAAUCGUGUAUGCAAAAAUGCGGACAGUGGUGCACUUGAGCGUUUCGCGGGAAAUGUUUGUGACAGAACCAGAUCUGUAUGGGCCGGUAUGGAUCACGGCGACCGUGGUAGCAGCACGGUUUUUCACACAGACGCUCACGAGGCUGAUAAUAAGCGACAUAUAUGGGGAAAAUGCGGGUGGAGUAACCGCGUCGAUGACUUACAAGCAGCUGACGACAAGUGCGGCGCUUUUUUUCGGGUACACCGUCGUAGCUGCCGCGGCCGUUACGUUGGUGUCGCGCAGGGUUUUACAGACGUCAGGUGACCUGACGUUCGUCGGCGCCCUUUGUAUCUACGGGUAUUCGAAUCUGAACUGGAUCGCACCAGCUGCCAUCUGCAGCGUGCUCGCAACGUGCCUAGCGUCAAAACCUCGAAUCGAGACCACAGUGGUCACGUGCCUACUCAGUCUUAUUGCAGGUGCGCUUUCAGGUGUUUUCGUAUUCCGGCAACUGGGCGCCGCGUGCGUCGAGGAAGAGAGACAGCCGCAAUGGAGGAGUGCAGUAGUGGUUUUUUUUGCGGUCCACAUGCUGUUUGCGUUGGCUGCCGGGUUCCUACUGUUUUAG